GGUUACUUAUCAGUGACAUUCCAGUUCCGAAAGUUGCUCUAAGAGGAAAUACACUCAUUUCUGUUCUAUUCAGCGUGAGCCAGUCCUUUGCUGGUGGUGUUUAACGGGCGUACCUUUUUGAGACAGAGCAAAGACAUAAACAGACUGGAUUACAUGGACAGCUCCUCACCACAGGUAGCAGAACAGACAGAAAUUCAUCAAGUUGAAGAUGUCUGGCAGAUUUCUUUCUAUGAAGGCUUCCUGACGGCGUUUUGAGUUUGGCCUGCUGAGGACUCGGCACCAUCAAAUACAUGCCUGUAGAGGGCACAAUCUGACAAAAUAUAGUUUCUUUAAGGUAUAUAGCCGAACCUGAUCUGCUGUGUCAAACAAGGAAGUUGAUGAAAGAAAAAAACGAAAAACAGAUCUGGUUACUUUUGUUCUUAGGUGAGGUUUGACUUGCAAAGGGAGAACUACAGGAAGAAGAGCUGUGAAAGGUCACUUCUGCAUGCAAGCGCAAAACAUCGGGGAUUUUAAAAAUGCUGAAAAAACUCUUGGCCUGCUUGUCACUUUUUGCCUUCCUCAGCCUUCUGUUUUAUUCUGUGGUGUUAUACUACAAUCAUAAUGUUUAUUAUGGUAUUCCUGCUGUUCACCGCUUUGCUGUAAAUGGAAACCAGACAUCUUCCUGGAAGUUACAAGAUAAUUUAAAGUGGACUGAGGUCAGUCAUAAAACCUCAAGGAUGCCAAGCACUCCAAAAAAGACUUUGGAUUCAUGUCCAGAAACGCCACCAAGACUUGAGGGGCCUCUGAAUGUGGAGUUCAAUACAAAACGGACAUUAGAGAGCGUGAAAACGGAGGCAAGUUAUUCUCUUCAGAAGGGAGGACGGUACAAGCCAUCUGACUGUAUCUCCCGACACAAGGUGGCAGUUAUCAUCCCAUUCCGAAAUCGACAUGAGCACCUGGUGCACUGGCUUUAUUACAUGCAUCCUAUCUUGAUCCGACAGCAGCUGGACUACGGCGUAUAUGUCAUCAACCAGGAUGGGGAAGGAAUCUUCAACCGAGCUAAACUGAUGAAUGUUGGAUUUGUAGAAGCACAGAAGGAAUACGAUUAUGACUGUUUUGUCUUCUCUGAUGUUGACCUGGUGCCUCUUGAUGACCGUAACAUCUACAGAUGCUAUGACAAUCCCAGACAUUUGGCUGUGGCCAUGGACAAGUUUAACUUUCAUCUACCCUACAAGACCUACUUUGGUGGGGUCGCCUCACUGUCGAAGCAACAGUUCUCUAAAAUAAAUGGCUGUCCAAACAGUUACUGGGGCUGGGGCGGCGAGGACGACGACAUUUACAGGCGCAUCAUCUUCCGUGGAAUGUCCAUUUCUCGACCAGAUGGAGUGACUGGAAAGUACAGGAUGGUCAGGCAUCAAAGAGACAAGCACAAUGAGCCUAAUCCAAAGAAUCCUGGAAAACUUAGUAGAACAAAGCAGACCAUGGACAACGAUGGACUAAAUACCCUCAGCUAUACAGUCAAGGAGAUCUCAAAGGAUUUAUUUUUUACUUUUAUUACUGUGGACAUUCAUGCUCCAGCAAGUUGAUGGAAAUUGUAAAAUAUGGGUGAAAGACAGAGUGUAGUUUCAGGUUCACUGGUGAUCUGUAAAACAUGGUAAAACAUUUGUGAAGCUGAUGUGUGUAAUGGAACUGAAAUAACUGUGAAUGGCUGGCAGUUUUGGUGAAGGGGUAUGAAAAGCAUCUCUGUGUGAAUGUCUCCAGGUUAGCCAUAAAGGGAGCAUGAAAUUUGUGGCUAGAAUUGUGAAAAUUAUGAUAGCCAUCAGAUUAAGCAGAACUUUUUUUAUCCAUAAAAAUGUUAGGAGUGGCAUGUUAAAAGAAGCCUAAACAUUUGCGGUUUGUAGUUGUCUGACAAAUUCGUCAGUUCCUAUCUUAACAUUUCCAUCAGUAUCAAGUAGCGUAGAUACUGAUACACUUUUGAAACCAAUGUCUGUUGUGUAGCUAUAUGCAGGCUGCAAAUUGUAGUCUCCCCCUCUGAUACAUUUGCUAUUUGCACUUAAUUGUCUCAAUUUACAUUACAAAUAUAAAUUCAUAUUUAAUAAAAGCUCUUUCUUUGUGUUCUCA